AGUUGAGAGACAGCAAGCGAAUUGAUCGGAUAUUGAACGUAAAAAGAGACGAAUACUUAAACAUAUAUGUAUAUAUAUUUAUUUAUUUAUUAUAUAAAUUCAUGGGUCUAAAAGAACUUUAAUAGUUUAUCACAAGAAAAGAUUUAAAGAGUGAGAGACAUAAUUGUGACAGAAAAAAGAAAGAGAGUGAAAGAAUUAGGGAAUACUACCAGUGCACAGUUCAAUAGGAAAAUUAUGACGAGUGGAACUUUAAUGUUGGAUGCUGUGAAAUCUUGUCGAUUUAAGCAGGUAAAAUUCCUUGCUAGGAAUGGAUUAGCACCGACAAGAGACUCUUUAAUUGCCGCCCUCAGAAUUGAAGAUGGUCAGAGACGUUUAAAGAUGUUUCGUAUACUUUUACCAAAAUUUAGGAAUUAUAACGAUAUUGAGGAAGAAAGCGGAAGAGAUGUUAUGACGUGGGCUUGUGCGCUUGGACGCAGAACUGAAGCUCUCCUCCUGCUUAAAGAAAUUGGUGCUGAUACUAAACUAACUUUAAGGGACCAGAAUGGUAGAAGCCCUCUUCAUUACGCAUGCGAAAGGGGAGACGUCGAGUUAACUGAGGCUGUUGCCUGUGCCCUCCAAAAGUAUGGAUUGAAUGCGGAUUUUGAAGAUUCCAAUGGUUAUACACCGUAUACUUUGGCCAGUAGAGCUGGACACAAUAAAUGCACAGAUAUUCUCAUAGAAAAAGACCAAAUUACAAGGCAAAAUGCAGACGAGAGUAUAACAACUAAAAGAAUUCAAAUAGAAAAGAUGAACAAGGAGAGGAAACAAAAGAUUAUCGAGCUGAAAACAUUCGGUCGUCUGCCAGCACUCGUUAAAGCUGAAUUCAAUAUAAAUAAUGUACGAAUAGUACCGUCUAAAAGGGAGAGAAAAACACUGGAAGGCUUCCUUAUCGAACGACCGAAAUCGACGAGCAGGGAACUUGAGGCACCGAAGCGUAAAAAAGCCAAUAUCACCUUGCCUUCGAUAAGAAAAAACGACAGAGUAAUAUUUGAUAUGAUGAACUUAUUGACUGAACAAUCUUACAACACUUUUAGACCUCCAGCAAAGAAUGUACCGGAUGUUAACGAAGUAGAUGAGACUAAAGAAAAAGACACUCCCGCCUAUCAUAGAAGGAGUAAGGUUAAAAAUCGAAGGGAUAGAAGAAGCAGGGAAGAAAAGUGA